ACGUGGACGUUAACCGCGUCGCAUCCUUUUGCUUUUCCCUUCGACGUUCUCCUCGCGGAAUCGGUCCUGUUCUCGUACCACGCAUCGAGCGAACCCGCGGACGGAUAGAUCGACACUUCCGCUGAUCGCUUAACCGAGGCGCGAUACCAACGAACGACGGCGCAUAUUAAAACGCGACACGUGCGAUGUGCAGUGACGUUAACGUUGCAUUUUGAAAGGACGAUCAUGAUCUUCGAAUCGUCGCUCCUGCCGGGACAUGCAGCUAUUCGCGGGGUGAUAGCCACGGGCGAGUGCGAAUCGGUAAUCAGAUGUUAGCGACAGUUUCGUUAUUUUCUGUAAAUCCUAGUUGCACGUAGUUCCUCGUUCUCGGUAGUGAGUCUGACUAUUCGCGAGAAUGUAACGAUCUCGUCGCCGAGGGAAAUCGCUAGUAUCCAUAGUUUCCAGUGUCGAGCAAUUUGACUUUUUCCCCGAAGAGUGUCCACCUUCGCCGAGAGCCGCCGUCGAAUCCAGGAUCGGGAUUCGCACAAAGGCGGCCUGUCACCGAUAAAGAUGUCAGAUCUCCGAGCCGAUCGUCGAGUGUCUACUACGAAACAUUGAGACGACUACGAGAAACAUAGAAGAAAUAUUCGAACAAGAUGUCUAUGACCGGAAGCUUAAUGGGUUACGAGAACAAUAACGAUGUAAACCAAGUGAAGUGCAAGAAGCCGUUGAAACCGCUUCCGAUAGUUUCGAGCAUAAAUUCGAGCGGUGUCACGAGCACCGGCAAGACUAAGAAGCCGAGGAGGUCGAGCAAACGAAACUCUUGCAUACGAGGCCACGUCAACAGCCUGUGGUCCGUCUGGUACGGAGUUUUGGCGGUCGCGUUUCAAGCUUACAUCGGUCUGAGAUACGCCAAACGUUUCGCCGCGUACUUGUCGUUACCUUGGCCCGCGGACGCUCCACCGGCGAAGGUAGAAUUGUACGCGUGUUUGGUGCUGGCCGGUACCGGCGUGGUCCUAUUACCAGUACUGCUCGGUGCAGCUUUUCUAAAGCUCGGCAAUCUAGCCAACGAUGGAGUGAAACUCGGUCGUCAUUUGAGCGCGUGUUCGCGCGAUCCGCCAUCCACGCUGCUCACCAACAAUCCGGAUCACAGUUUGGCUAAUAAUUUAUGGCGGCACGGAGGUCCCACAGCUGCCUUCAUACAUCUCUGCACGGCGAUGUGUUUCUUGCUACCCUCGCUCCUCAUGGAAGCCAGGCUGAUACACGCCGGAUUUUUACCGAAAGAAGCGAUAUGGCGCACGGAUCUGGAUUGGCUGGUGACGCAUCGCGAUCGGCUCGUGAUAUCGAGCUUCAUGAACCCGAACGUGAAUCUCAGCAUCCUGACUAGUUUCAUAACGCCUCAGCCCUUCGUCACGCUGUCACCCGACAGCGACGACGAUAGCGUGGCGAACGAUAUCACCACCGCCGCGUUCAACUUAACCGAUCUCAUCGAGAAACCAGAUUCUCGGCCGCGGGACGUUACGAAUAAUUACCUCGGUCUACUUAGACCCAGUCAUGCACCGGUUUCGAGUACCAGUACAAUUUCCGCUGUAACUACCGGUAGGAGCACGACCACGCGGAAGGAGGAAAUUACUGUCGCUCCGAAGUCACCGUCGGCGAUCAACGAGACCGUAAAAUCGAACGCGGCAUCGUCGAUGGCAACGACGGAAUCGAACACUGCGAGAACGAGCACGACGACAAGUAGAAUGAUAGGGACGAGUACUAUAAAAUCCUCGACAAGGACGGUAGACGCAACGAGAGCAAUACCGUCGAUGCAAUCGUUGACGACGAAUUCGACGAGCACCUCGAAAAGUGGCUUAGAAGUCGCGAAAUACGGAAACGUAGCCAAGCGACCGGUGGCGGCUAAGUCGAUCGUGAAGAGCAGUAACGCGAAACGAUCGAAAACGAGAAACAUGGGAAGAUCGUCGACGACGACGAUCAGACCGAAGCUCAGACCCGCUGGAAAUAUGACGGGGCAAACGAUGUCGUUGACGAUGAACAGUCUAGCCGAUUUGGAUCAUCCGGAAAAUUUGGAUCUCGAACUCGAAACUCCCGAAUCGUACGGACCUAUCACAUUGGAAUACUUGAACUACGCGAUUGCUCUGGGCGUCUAUUCCGUGAGGUACCCGGCGGUCUUCUGGUCGUGUAACAAAGCGUUGGCCACGAUCUUCAGUCUUCAAUUAGUGGCGAACUCCGUCCAGAGUUUGCUGGCCUACGUCGGGAUGUCCGUUCUCUACAAGGUUCAGCUGAUGGGACCUUUGAAGGUGCUGCCCGUUCUCCGGCAGCAAUAUCGCACGAUAUCGACCACCAGCAGCAUAUCGACCUUCUUCGGAGACACGUAUUUUUUACUAAACCCACACGUGACUCUGGUCCUGUUCGCUCUCUCCUCACUGCUGGUCCUCUGCUCCAGCAUGGUGAUGUACUUCUACGCUUACGGCAGGUUCACGGCGUUUUUGAAUCAGGAACGCGAGCGUCGAGUGAUCUUGCCGAAAGAGAAUCGGAACCGGAACGGCUGGGUGUAUUUCAUUCAUUGCACCGCCCUUUGCGUGUUCCUGGCAAUUGCGAUUUGUAGCGCACCGUUGCUGUACGAUUACAGCGUCGUUUAUCGUGGCAGUCUCGACGGUGUGAUCUUAGCUUGCGUGGUCAGCACCGUUCUCCACUUGUUCCUGUGGCUGGUGUUGUGGAUCUUCCUGACGAUCAAGCAACGAUGGACGUUCAAAUUGAGAGUGACGAUCGGUCGUGCGACCGUCCGAUCGGCGAGAUCCGUGAAACUCGUCACGGACGUGGAUCUGCUAUCGGCCAGGGAGGACGACGAUGGGACUAACGCGCCGUUGUUGGUCGUUGGUAACGGCAGGACUUAUACCAUAGCCGACGCUUCGCCGAAGAAAGCCAUCAUGAGCGUGAUACAGAAGGCUGCGAUCGAGAGAAAAGCGCGAUCUCAAGGAGCUAACGGAGAUUCCGUGGACGGAGACGACGAGCAGAUCUACUGGUUGAGACCGAAACUGCGUCCAUCGCCUCCCAGAUCGCCGAGCGAAGCGAACGCAGCACCGAACAUGGAAAAGGGUUGGCUGAACAAGAAGUUGAAACCGAAAGUCACCUUUAACGAUCUGCCUAGUACGUCAGGCUCGCGUAAUAAGGGAAAAGUCAGACGAGGCACCGGUGACGGGGGCCCCGAAGACGACGGCGAUUACGCCACGCUACGAGAAAUACCGCUGAUCACGUCUCUAGAUCCAGCCGACGAUUCGACGUCCGAGGAGAACAAGCUGCUCGAGUGCGUAAACGACGACCAAGUGACGUACUACGCGAGCGCAAACCGCGAUCUUCAACCCUCGGAAGGCGACCCCUCGCCUCUCUUGACUCCAGACCCUUUGCCUGAUCCCGUUUCGGAGCCACUUCCAUUGCCACCACCGACUCCAACUUGCGCACCGACUACCGAAAUUGUCACAGCGACACUAACCACUAACAUUCAGACGAACGGGGGACAAACGCCGCGAUGCCUGCGUCGAGCUGAUUCGGGUAUGCCGCACGAGGAAUUGACUCCACGUUCGGAUUCCUCCAAUUCCCCGCCGCUGGACGCGGUCAUCACGGGCGGCGGUAGCGGAGCCGGUUCCGUCGCGGGACAGAGCAACGCCAGCAGCCACAGUGAAACGUCUUCGAGCGGGGUUCAUAGUAACGCGAGCAACGGGAGCAACGGCAGCUGCCAGAGACGCGCGACCAGCGUCGACGACUUGACGAGCACCGGAGUCGAGCAACGGGCUUCCGGUACCGAGGAAUCUCGCGAUCAAUGGCGUAGCUGUUCUCUGCAACGAGGGAUGCAGCCGCCGACCGCGGCGACCGCUUUCUCUCCGCCGAACAGUCGGCCGGGAACGAGUCAGUCUUUCGCCUCCCCUCAGUACGCGAAUCACGUGCCGCUGUUCGCGAACGGAAACGCGAACGCGACCGGUAACGCGAGCACGACCGCGAACGAGGUUCCGGCAUCCGGUUGCCCGGCGGUGAUUCUCGAGAACCCGAACGAAGCGACGGUGGUCAUACGAAGGAAAUUGUCCAGGACGAAGUUGACGGAUCCUCUGAAUCCGAACGAGGAACCGUUCGGUCGUUCCACCAACAUGAGGAUGACUUCGUUCACGGAGAGCAACGACGUUCGCGUGCACGCGUCCUCCGCGACUUUACCGCAUUAUCCGACGCAACCGGUCGUAACUUAUCCGCACUGCUCGACCAUGCCUCUGCCCCAUGCGUCUCACAGCACCGGCGCGGGCUCGCAUUUGGCUGGCUCGAGCGGAAGUUGCGGCUCGGUACCGAGGCACACGUUCGUCCCGCCGCAGAUGCACGCCACCGUUCCCGCCCACACCACUCUACCGUCCCAUCACAACGGCGUCAGACUCAUCCACGGAAUCGCGCCCACCCCGAGCAACCCCUUCGUCAAAAGGUUUCCACCCGUGCAACUGCACACGCAACCGUGGGCCCUGCCCGGCCACCACACCUUCCCCCAAGCGCCUCAGGUCAACGGCAAGUUGACCGCCACCGCGCAGAUCAGACAGACUGAUCGCGACUCGGCCAACUUUUCCAUGGCCAGCAGCGGCGACUCCGACACGUGUUUGCCUCACUAGGAACCGAUUAGAUUCCAAAUUCCCGGCCACUUUAUUCUCGCUCACGGACGAUCGCCGAUCAUACUCGCGGAUCGAAUCUCAAAGAGAGUCUCGAAGACAGAAAAGGUUUCUCGGACAUCGACUCACGACCAUUUCUACAUAUCAUGUAUUCGCGAUAACCGACGGAACGUGUGGUCAUUUUAAAUUAAGUACGAGUCGAAAGCGAACAGAUGAAUUUUGUACUCUCGCUGUCGACUUCGACGCGUGUAUCUCGUUCUUCCAUAUCAAAUAUCUCUCGAUACCAAAACGCACGAUGCAUUUGAACACAGAAAAGACAUAUCUUAUGCUCGAUACUCGUUAAUCAACGCACAAAAUAAUCGAAAAAAAGCAAUUAAGGAAACCUUUUCUCUCUUGUCGGAUUCCCUUUCUUAGAAACUUCCCUUAGACUGUUAGUUCCGCGUUCGGUAUCGCGUGUCCACCGAUAUCUGACUCGCGAAAAUAAAUAAUUUAAUAAUCGCAUAUGCCGCUUGAAACUGAACAGCAAAACAAUAUUACAGUAACUACUUAGCGUACGGAAUCGAGGCGGCGAAUACAAACAUAAUCGAUCACGGAGAAUGGAAACGAUCAUCCAUUUUUUUUUUUUAUUCUUUGUUCUACGUUUCAUUUGCC